AUGACAAUACCUCAAAUAAAGGCUGCUCAACAAGAAGAUCAGGCAAUUAACAAAAUAAUUCAAUACAAACAAAAGAAGUGUCACCCAACACAGGAAGAGCGCAGAGGAGAGUCACAUGAGUGUAAAGCUCUUAUGCGUGAGUGGAACAAGUUAUUUCUAGAUGAAAAUGGCAUCCUACGUCGGCGUACGUCAUCAGCUGUUCAACUUAUUCUACCACACAAGUACAAGGGACUGGUUUAUAAAGAACUCCAUGAAGAAAUGGGACAUCUGGGAGUAGAGCGUGUUGUAAAUCUGGCCAGACAACGAUUCUAUUGGCCACACAUGCAGAGAGACAUUGAGAAAUACAUAACCAAGCAAUGUAAAUGCAUCAAACAGAAACCACCAAAUGUCCACGUAAAAGCACCAUUAGUAAACAUCACCACAACUGUACCCUUUGAAAUGGUAUCUAUUGAUUUUCUGCACUUGGAAAAUAGCACAGGUGGUUAUGAAUAUAUUCUGUUACUUGUAGACCACUUUACUCGGUUUGCACAAGCCUACCCAACAACAAACAAGGCGGGGAAAACAGUAGCAGAUAAAAUAUUCAAUGAUUUCAUUCCACGCUUUGGAUACCCUGCAAAAAUUCAUCACGAUCAAGGGGGUGAAUUCGAAAAUCAGUUGUUUAGAAGAUUACAGCAGGUGGCUGGAAUGAAAGCUUCAAGGACUACACCAUAUCACCCUAUGGGGAAUGGACAGGUAGAAAGGAUGAACAGAACACUGCUGUCUAUGUUAAGGACACUGCCAGAAAAACAGAAGUCUAGAUGGAAGGAAUCAGUAAACAAAAUGGUGCAUGCCUAUAAUUGCACUAGAAAUGACGCAACUGGAUUUUCACCACACUAUCUAUUGUUUGGACGAUCUCCAAGAUUACCUGUGGAUGUGCUGUUUCAACUAGAGGAAAAAGAACAGUCUGGUAGUCACCAAGAUUAUGUUUCCAGGUGGCAGACUAGUAUGAACGAAGCAUAUAAGCUAGCAGCUGAAAGUGCAAACAAACAAGCAGAGAGAGGGAAAAGGUACUAUGACCGUAAAAUACACAGUACUAUUCUUCAACCAGGUGACAGAGUCUUGAUACGAAAUCUUAGCCAACGUGGAGGACCGGGUGUAAACUACGAGAUUCCUGCAAUACCACCAGUCCAAACAUCACAUCAGGUGGGCACCAGGAGAAGACGAGUAACAAGACAAAAUAGUAAUUCCCAUCAUUCCACUGAUACAUCCAGUGAUGAAGAGGAUAUCUAUUAUUUAGUUCCUGAGUCGAGUAGAGAAUCAGACACCAGAAGAUCACCAAGCAAUUUAGAAACUUCUGAAACAUUACACCCAUUGAAUAUAUCAGCUGAGGUGUUUGAACCAACUUGUGGUAAUUCUGUACCUCAACAAUCAACCUUUCCUGAAGUUGAACCAAACUCAUUAUUUGGUACCACUGAACAGACUGUACUUGUGCCAGAACCUGAACCCUUGUCUGAACCUCAACCUCAGAUGCUUAAUUCAGGUAUUGAACCGGACUCUGUGUUGGGUACCACUGAACAGACUGUACCUGUACCCGUACUCAUGUCUGAACCUCAACCUCAGAUGCUUAAUUCAGGUAUUGAACCGGACUCUGUGUUGGGUACCACUGAACAGACUGUACCUGUACCCGUACUUAUGUCUGAACCUCAGCCUGAGAUGCUUAAUUCAGGUAUUCUAGCUAACCCUGUUCAUGAACCAGUACAUCCAGAAGUAGACCCAGCAAGAAGAUGCUCAACAAGAGAGAGAAGACCACCAUCUACAUUGACCUAUACAUCACUUGGUCAACCAACAUACCAGCAUAUCAAUCCAAUAGUCAACAGUGCAAUGGUGAACAAUGUAUCCACCCCAGUGCACCCAGCAGCGGUAUGGAAUACACAUUACAUUCCAUAUCAACUGGGUUAUCCACCUAUGGUGCCAUGGAUGUGGCCCAACAACACAUAUACAUCACCCCAGCAAGAUGCAUGUUCCUCAACAAAAUAA